GUAACAGAUAUCAAGGAUGAGCGCCCGUCCCACAAGGAUAUACCAGACCUUUUAUUCCCCGUUGCCCAAGCUGAUAUAAAUAGGUGCUCAACAUAUGCAGUGGUUUGCCGUCUCAAAUCUUCUCCAUCUUACACCAUCACAUCUACUGGCGGUUUAUUCAGUCAUCCUGAUUAUCCUGGCGUGGCGGUUACAAUCCCUGAGAAUGCUGUUGCUCCCAAGUCACCGUUUACAAUGGAGUUAAAGGUUGGUGUGAUUAAAAAAGGUCCAAUUUUUAUUAUAUAAUCUCCCGUGACAGAUCUUACACUAAUUCAAAGAACAACAGGAACUAAUUGCUGCGGAGCGACCGAAGGGAGCGAGCAGCAACAUAAUCAGGAUUUAAAGGAAAUAUAUAAGGGGCAACGAAUUCUCGAAUUCAUCACUUUUUACCACAAUGCAUUGCAUUUAACCACACUUUUUACCACAAUGCAUUGCAUUUAACCAGAGUGCAUUGCGCCACGAACAACUCAAAUAAAAACACGGGGAAGUAGUGCAUCGUUCGCUGCUUAGUUCUACAGUACGGUUAGAGGUCUUACCAAAUAUUAAGACACGCAGGAGUCUUUCAGAUGAAUACGAUGGUUAACUUGGGGAGUGGAUUUCAAUUCAAGAGCCUUUGACUCGCCCAGGUGUUAAACCUGACGAGAAGAUGAGCAUUUCAAUGAUUUGCUCUUCGACUCCGCAACAUGGGGGAUAAACAAAGUGCAGCUUGCUAGAAGGUGAUGUGAAAGUGAGAAAAUGUCAUGCAAUGCUAUUCUUAAGAAACUGUGUGAGCCGAAAAUGGAUGUAAUUUUGACCAUUCUCUUCAAAAUAACAGCGGAAAUCGAGAUAACAAAACAUGUUUUGUGUCCUACUUUGCAUACCAGGACGUGUAUCGGCGUUUUGAAAAGCAUAAUUAUGUUCUUUCAUUCAUUCAUUGCCACGGAAUAUGCGUUUACAUUGUUUUUUCACUGUUAAUAGCUCGGUUAAUGCGGCUGGCGAUCAUCUUGCUGGCGGAUGUUUUAUAGUAAAGGAAUAAAAUGAAACACUUUUCCCAAGAAUUUCGAAAUCAGCCUGUGUGGUGUAGUGGUUAGGUGUAGUCGCGUCCAGUCGAAGGUGCCGGGUUCGAGUCCUACCGAAUUAUUUAUUCCUAUUUUCUUUUUUUUUCCGUUUUUUGUGUUGUUGUUUUUGCUGCGGAGCGACCGAAGGGAGCGAGCAGCAACAUAAUCAGGAUUUAAAGGAAAUAUAUAAAGGGGCGACGAAUUCUCGAAUUCAUCACUUUUUACCACAAUGCAUUGCAUUUAACCACACUUUUUACCACAAUGCAUUGCAUUUAACUAGAGUGCAUUGCGCCACGAACAACUCAAAUAAAAACACGGGGAAGUAGUGCAUCGUUCGCUCCUCAGUUCUACAGCGCGGUUAGAGGUCUUACCAAAUUUUAAGACACGCAGGAGUCUUUCAGAUGAGUACGAUGGUUAACUUGGGGAGUGGAUUUCAAUUCAAGAGCCUUUGACUCGUCCAGGUGUUAAACCUGACGAGAAGAUGAUCAUUUGCUCUUCGACUCUGAAACACGGGGGAUAUACAAAUUCCAGCUUGCUAGAAGGUGAUGUGAAAGUGAGAAAAUGUCAUGCAAUGCUAUUCUUAAGGAACUGUAUGAGCCGAAAAUGGAUGUGAUUUUGACCAUUCGCUUCAAAAUAACAGCGGAAAUCGAGAUAACAAAACAUAUGUUUUGUGUCCUACUUUGCAGACCAGGACGUGUAUCGGCGUUUUGAAAAGCAUAAUUAUGUUCUUUCAUUCAUUCAUUGCCAUGGAAUAUGCGUUUACAUUGUUUUUUCACUGUUAAUAGCUCGGUUAAUGCGGCUUGCGAUCAUCUUGCCGGCGGAAGUUUCAUAGAAAAGGAAUAAAACGAAACACUUUUCCCGGAAAUCGCGUGAUCAGCCUCUGUGGUGUAGUGGUUAGGUGUAGUCGCAUCGAGUCGAAGGUGCCAGGUUCGAGUCCUACCGGAUUAUUUAUUCCUACUUUCUUUUUUUUUCCUUUUUUUGUGUUGUUGUUUUCUAUAAAUAUAUAGCUAAAUAACUGUUACUUGAUAAAGUGCAACAAACAGCAAGAAAAGUAUUGUGUUUCCAGAGAAAAUAUCGUGCACUGUAUAUUAAAUAUCUGGAUAAUCAAUCUCAAUUUCUAUUAGUUCCUACAAUUUACUGUGGGAAAACCAAAGUUGAUAACCACUUGAUCAUUUUCUAAACAACGUUCCCACGAGUUCUUUCUAUAGACUGAUAGUAAUUAUUCUAGUACUUUCCAACAUAUAAAUAGGACAUUCAAUGUCAUUUUUGAUUCUUUUAAGUCUCACUGCCUAACUAAUGCCAGUAUCAACAGAAUGUGCCGCAGCAUUACUAUCUUUUAGAUACCCUAGUCUAUAAAUAUAUAGCUAAAUAACUGUUACUUAAUAAAGUGCAACAAACAGCAAGAAAAGUAUUGUGUUUCCAGAGAAAAUAUCUUGCACCGUAUAUUAAAUAUAUGGAUAAACAAUCUCAAUUUCUAUUAUUUCCUACAAUUUACUGUGGGAAAACCAGAGUUGAUAACCACUUGAUCAUUUUCCAAACAGCGUUCCCACGAGUUCUUUCUAUAGACUGAUAGUAAUUAUUCUAGUACUUUCCAACAUGUAAAUAGGCCAUUCAAUGUCAUUUUUGAUUCUUUUAAGUCUCACUGCCUAACGAAUGCCAGUAUCAACAGAAUUUGCCGCAGCAUUACUAUCUUUUAGAUACCCUAGUAUAUAGAUUUAGCCACGGCUAAAAGCGAAGCUCCCAUUGAAAAGUGAAGUGAUUUUGGAGUGAAACAAAUCUUGUAUCGAGUUGAAAUAGCCUUAUAUGUACACCCAGAAAGGUGUACGGUCAAAUUUAAGAGCAAUAAUGGCUCUUGAUCACAGUAGAUAAGGCGUGGAAAACAAAUCAGGCCGAAUUUUUUGCGAUCGACAAGUUUACAAAUUCUUGCCAAUAUAUCUGGGUGCGUGCAAACCAAUCUUUUAUUUUUUUUUAAUACACCACAUCUGAGGAGAAAGAGUACUAUGAGGCGCUGUUUUUAUCAUACAGACCUCGUACAAAAUGCAGUAUUUCACAAUUUUUCAAGACAAAUUGCAUUCAUUCAAUAUUCAGGACCAUCGAAGCACGCUUCGACUUUUAAUUAGCGAAACCGUUCAAAACCGUUGGAAGAGCAUGCGUGAGUGCAAACGGUUCGGACGUGUAUUUUGAAGGGGAGCGCUUCCUUCCUAAAUGUGCCUGGAACUGUGAGAAAUGAAGGUAGAAUCUUACAUGAUAUUAUAAUCAACCUAGUGUAAAUGACGAAAAGUGGUAAAAAAAACAAACGAGGAGCCAGAGGAUCUGUUGAAGAAGACGAAACGAACGACGCGAAGCGUCCAAACAUGGCGGACUCCAGCAACGCAACGGCUUCUCCUUCUUCUCCUUCCCACGACAGCUCCGAACCUGAGACGAGUCUAACCGAAUUAAAAGAGAUGCUAUUCAAUAUUCAAGAAACCUUACCGACGAUGAAACAGGAGAAUUUUAGCCUAAGAGAGGAAGUAUUACAUUUAAAAACAACUCUCAAAGACGAAAUGCUAAAGUGGAAGAAGCUGGACUCCACGUUGGAACAAACUUCAAAAGAGAAUGCAGAGCUAAAAAAGGAGCUCCAAUUUACCAAGCAGAAAUUGCAAACAGUCACCAAGCAAUAUACGCGUAAAAACUCUCUAGAAAUCCACGGCAUCCCUCAAGAAGCUUAUACCACAACCGAGGAUGUUGUUUUAAAGAUGGGAGAGGUAUUGGAUGUGCCGAUCUCUCCGGGUGACAUCGAAAUUUCUCACCAGCUCAAAUCACAAAACAAACCAAUUAUUGUUAAAUUCCUGAGCCACAAGGUUAAAUCCAGUCUUUACAAAAAGCGUACGGCGCUCAAGGAUAUAACGGUGUCUGAUUUGUUUCCCACGUCAAAUUAUGCUACUUCACUAGGACGAGGAAAUCGUAUCUUCUUAAACGAAAACCUCACAGCCUACCGACGUAGUGUUGGUAUGAGGAAAAAUGGACUGCUCGUUGGUGUGUAGACAAUUGACGGUAAGAUUUUUGUUAAGACUUCACCUUCGGGAUCAUCAGUAAGAAUCCACUGCUUAGAAGAUCUAGAUAAUUUGUAAUUCUGGUACAGGGGAAGGGCAUCGAAAGAAAUCUAGCAUGCAAGAGGUUGCUUCCAAUCUAACGUUGCUUUCUGUUUCUGUUAUAAGUACUUUAUGUCUCCGAUCUUGUUUCCUGUUUAUUUAUGUAUAUGCUUUUGUAGUUAUUCUUCUAAUCAUCGGCCAGUUAAUUAACAGAUCCUCUCUUGGUUAUUUUUUCCCCAUACCCCUGAUCCUACAGAAACGGUAUAAGUAAACACAGUAUCUUGUCACUUAACGUUCGGGGUUUGAGAAAUCGAGUCAAAAGAAACAGUAUAUUUAGUUUUUUAAAAGAUAAAAUUGUCAAUUCUAUUUCCUACAAGAAAUUUAUUCAGUUCCUGAUGACGCAAAUACUUGGAGUAAUGAAUGGGGAGGUGACAUUUUCUUUUCGCAUGGAUCAACACAUAGCCGUAGUGUUUGCAUUUUAAUUAACCCUUCAUACAGCUAUACUGUUGAAAGUCUCAAUAGGGACCAAAAUGGAAGACUCAUUUCAAUUAACCUGAGCUCCGGCUCUGCAAAUAUUUCAUUGUGCAACAUAUAUGCCCCCAACGAUCUACAACAACAGUUAGCCUUUUUGCCCAAUCUGAAUAACUUUUUGAUAACAAAUGUAGACAUUGGAAAUCUCAUUGUUGGCGGCGAUUGGAAUGUUACCCUGGAAGCUGUUGACAAAAAAGGUGGGUCCCAGUGGAAACCCACCUCAUACCGCAAUCAACUCAUUUCCAUGAUGAAAGAAUUUUCACUGAUUGAUGUCUACAGAAAUCUUAAUCCAAGUAAGCUUUGUUUCACCUACGAAUCCAAAGCUUUAAAACUUUCUUCUCGCAUUGAUUUUUUCCUCGUAUCACAACCCCUUGCAGAUCGAGUUUCUCAUUUGGACACUUUAGUUUCCAUCGCGCCUGAUCACAAAGCAAUUAGAGUCCAACUGCAACUGGAAAAUGACAAUAGAGGCCCUGGGCUAUGGAAAUUUAAUAAUUCAUUGUUAGAAGACGAAAUUUAUGUUAAAUUGAUCACUGACAGCUAUGCUGUCAUCCAAAACAAAUACUCAGGAAUUGAAGACAAAAGGCUGAAAUGGGAACUCAUUAAGAUGGAAAUACGCGGCAUUACUAUUCCUUUCUCUAAAAAUAAAGCUAAACAGUUACACCAAAAAGAAAGGGACAUUCAAACUAGACUACAAGUGCUUGACAGAGUCGUUUCUAGCAGUCCUAAUACAGACUGUAUUAAGAAUGAAAUAAACGAAUAAAAUAAUUUAAAAGAAGAAAUCGAUCUCAUUUAUCAAAAGAAGAGUGAAGGAAGUAUUAUACGUUCCAAAUGUAAAUGGAUUGAACGAGGUGAAAAGCCGACCGCUUUCUUUUUCAACCUAGAGAAGAGGAAUUACAAUCGUAAGUCAAUUAAAAAGCUGGAAGGAGCAGGAGGUACAACCUUGACUAAUGAGGACGAAAUAUUAAACGAAAUUGAAACCUUUUAUGAGCAGUUGUAUAACUCCGGACUAGACGAAAAGGACUUGUUCGAUUUGUUUGUACAAGGCCUAAAAACUCCUAAACUCCAAGACCAACAGAGAAACGAAUUAGAAGGCGAAAUUACACUGGCGGAGUGCAAAGUAGUUCUGCGGACUUUCAGUAACGGGAAAUCACCAGGCGAGGACGGUUUUACAUGGGAGUUUUAUAAUUGUUUCUUUGAUCUACUAGGACAGGACUUAGUAAACUGUUUUAAUGAGGCCUAUGUGAAAGGCGAAAUGUCAAUUUCGCAGAGAAGAGGUGUAAUAUCUCUCCUCCCAAAAGAAGACGCCAACCUCCUAGAGCUUGCAAAUUGGCGUCCGAUUACGUUACUAAAUGUUGACUAUAAAAUUGCAUCAAAAGUCAUAGCCACGAGAUUUGAAAAGGUUUUGGAUUUCUUAAUAAGCCCUGACCAAACAGGCUUUCUGAAAGGUCGAUACAUUGGGCAAAAAUAUUAGAUUGGUCAACGACGUAGUAGAACAAACAAAAAUACAAAAUAUUCCAGGUAUUCUUGUACAGCUUGAUUUUUGUAAAGCUUUUGAUACUAUCGAAUGGAGCUUCAUUAAAAGAAGCCUCGCACUCUUUAAUUUUGGAGACAGUAUACAACAAUGGGUCUCGACUUUCUAUAAUAAUUCGGAGAGCGCUGUUCUUAACAAUGGAUGUUGCACAAAUUUCUUCAAACUGUCGAGGGGAGUGAGGCAAGGCUGCCCUUUGUCUCCUUAUUUAUUUAUCGUAGGGGCGGAAAUUUUAGCGUGCAAAAUCAGACAAGACAAAACAAUAAAAGGAAUAACAGUCUUUCAAAAAGAGCUGAAACUAAGCCAGUUUGCUGACGAUACAACUCUUUUAUGUAAUGAUUGCAAUUCGGUCAAUCGAGCUAUCACGGUUCUUAAUUCCUUUGGAAAUUCUAUCUGGCCUUAAGCUAAACCCGUCAAAAACCAAAGCGCUUUGGUUAGGGCCAUUAAGAAAUCGCAAGGACGAACCCUUUAACUUUAAGUGGCCCAAAGAACCGCUUAGAGUCCUUGGAACCUAUAUUUCAUACGAUGAGAAACAAAACGAGGAAUUCAAUUUUAAAGGAAAGAUGCAAAAACUUGACACCAUUCUUGGCAUAUGGAACUCUAGGAACCUCACUCUUUUUGGUAAGUGUCUUAUAACGAAAUCUCUUGGCAUCUCACAGCUAGUUCACCCACUUUCAACACUCGAUUUUCCAACACAAUUGGUUCAAGCUGUUAAUUCAAGCAUCUUUAAAUUUAUCUGGAAAAAUCGAAGAGACAAAAUCAAACGCUAAAUUAUGGUCCAAGACUAUAACAAAGGUGGUCUACGUGUUCCAAGCAUAGAGACCAUGGCCAAAUCACUUAAACUGGCAUGGAUAUCCAGGUUCUUACAAAGUAUACCUGCGCAUGACGACGAAUCAUGGAAGGUCAUUCCCAACCACUUUUUCGAUAAAUACGGUGGCUUGAACUUCCUGCUACGUUGUAAUUAUGACAAGAACUUUCUUUAUAAAAUGUGUCUCCCUUACGUCUAUAAGUUGAUAUUACUACAUUUCUUAGAACUUGAAAUUUCUUAUAAUACGCAGUUUUGCCGGUUUGUAUUAUUCAACAAUAAAGAUAUUUUACAGUCAAACCAGGUCAAGCGUUCCCGUCGCUAACAAACUAAUGAAUUCAUUAAUGGAAAAAUGAUUUCGUUUGUUGAUUCAAUAAUCCAUUCAUAAAAUGAAUAAUCCAACGGUCAAAUUGUACCUCGAUUCAAUAAUCAAAUGUUGAUUUGGUUUAUGAACAAAAUCUACCUGUUCUUUAUUCUUGUCUGUUGUGUUCAAUCGUAUUUGCUUCCCUUUUCCUGCCGUUUACGAUUGCGUUUUUCAUUGCCUUUAAUCAAAAUAACAGCUAGAAUAGACAGACCGCAAACGCAAAGAAACUGACAAAGGCCGAGGAUCGAAAUCCACCAAUCACCGCACAUACACUGACCUCAGUUUGACCGUCGUGUUUUCUAAGAGGUCAGGCCUAGGUCUGUUGCACUGAUUAUUGGCAGCAAACUGGCGUACAUGUAACAGUUUGUUUGGGUUUGAACUUCAGAACUCGCCAGCACUCGACUCUCAGAAAAAAAAAAAGAGGAAAAAACAAAAUUCUGAGGUUAACUUGUGGAGAGUGUAAUUUUUCAAAAAACAGUAAUCGAAUCAACAUUCGAUUAUGGAAUCGAGGCUAAAUAUGACUAUUGGAUUAUUCAUUUUAUGAAUGGAUUAUUGAAUCAACAAACGAAAUCAUUUUUCCGUGAAUGAAUUCAUUAGUUCGUUAGCGACGGGAACGCUUGACCUGGUUUGACUGUAAUUGGCGGCCGUUCAUUCUUUUAUAGAAGUUGGAUGAAUAAAAAUGUCUUUCUUGUUCAAGAUCUCUUAGGCGAUGAUGGUAAGGUACUUUCUUACUCAAAGGGGGGAAUUUCAUAUAUCCCAUGAUGCAUCGCUUCAUACUAUAUUAUCAAGCUUCCGAACGCACCUGAUGCUAUCAGUUCAACAGGGACGCGACAGUUGAACAGCAGUGGAAAGCGACUUGUUCUGCCGAUAAAACUUUCUGUACCUUUGCUGUGUCGAUCAAUUUACGAUUUUCGUUUUACUAUUCCAAAUAUAUCUAUUGUUAAGUCAAAGAGAGUGUUUUGCCCGCCGAUUAUGAGUUAACUAGACUUACGAUAGCAACACAGUCCCCACAAACGUUCUUAGAAGCUAGCGAGGAAGGUCUUUGCUUCAGUACGUCCUGUUUUAACGUGCGUUGACAAAGCUCUCCAUGAAUUAACAAGCGAUUUCCACGACUUGUCUUGAAAUAAAUACACAUUCUAGGUGUGAGAUUUCUCUUCGUUGCUUGUUUGUGAUCGGGGUGUUCAUAUUGCCAGUUCAAUAAUUCAUCGAUGUAGUACAUCAACCGUACAGUGACUGCACACGCUUUUACUUUAACAAGCUCGGCUUAUGUAGUCGAAAACACCGAGACCGCUUAAGUGCAAAGUGACGUCUAUCGGAGAUAAAAUUCAAAGGAGGGAAAUAGCUCCAACAAACAAUAAAAAUAACAAAGACAUCUCCAUAUUUUUCGUAACACAACACGAGCUAAGCAUCAUUGUCAAACAUAAACAGAAAAAAGCUUUAUUAAGAAAUGGCACAAUACAUAUACAAAAACACCCACUUCUUCACUACAAUGGAUCCUAAAAGAAUUAUCAAAAUGUCUUAAAAGGUUUUAUACGCCGGUUGAGGUCCUACGGCGUGCUAUUCCAUGACAUUUGCCGCCCUGUAUAUUUCAAGUUCUCCACGCGCGGUUGCGACCGGAAGCCACCAUGAGAAACCAAUUUACCUAAAAUAAUGAGACAAAAAAGCUUCAAUAUCUAUAAACUAUUGAAUUUAAACAUUCAUCAUACCCUCAAGAGAUAAUAUUUGUGUUUUGAUCAACGAAAAAAGAGCGAAUUCAAGAAAAAAAUGUCCCAUCUUCGCAGGACUUAGCAUAAAGAAAUUGAAACCUUCGUCUUGCAGAAAGGGCAGAAAAUGGAUAUUUUAAGAAGAUCAAACCCUUAAAAAUCGCGAGUUCGAAGGAGGUUGGAGCGUGGAACUAGUAUCAAGCAUCCCUUGUCCGCCGGUUCAAAUAAUUUAUUAGGACAAAACCUUGCUAGAAUAAAGACAGUUUUCGAUAAUUGAAAGUCAUCUAAAUAGAUAUUCACUUGCGACUUAAAACAGCAUGGCUUAACGUGGUCGUAAAAGAGAGCAAUAAUCCGUGAAAUGACCAUGGGACCAUUUUACAUUAUUAAUAAGAUACCAAAGAUUAACAGGGCUCAUUAAAACUUACCUUGGGUGAGCUGCAUCUUGAAAUUCAGGUCGUUGAAAAUCUCCCUCGAAACCCUCGAACCCUCUUUCCACCGCGGAGAGAAGACACAAAUUUGCCGCGAAGCAUCAUGGGAUAUAUGAAAUUCCCCCCUUUUUCUUACUCGGAAUUUUCUAGGAAAUUUCAACUGAACGGUAAUUUCUUACAAUACAUGCAAGUUGUUUCUGCGAUUCCUAAGGAUCUGAUGGAUGACGCACGGAGAUGCCACCUUGAUAAAACUAGUAUUUUGUCCGAAAGCUCCUUCCAGCUCUCAGCGGACCUUUCAUUAGAUUUACUUAAAAUGAAAAAUAGAAAUUACUACUGGCUCUUGAUUGGUAAAGAUCAACUUGAAAUUAACGCUAACAUGAAAUGGGAAAGAGACCUCCUACCUGAAACAAUACUUGCAAGACAUCAUUUCUCCCGUGUGAAAAAUAUUUGCAGAGACAACAAACUAAGAGAAUUCUACUUUAAACUCUUACACAGAA